AUGCAGGCUCUUCAGAACAAUCUGGAUGGAAAAUCGAAGCAGUAUAAAGAUCCUGCACUCACUCAGUUAUUUCUCAUGAACAACAUUCACUAUAUAGUGAGAUCUGUGCGGAGGUCAGAAGCGAAGGACUUGUUGGGGGAUGACUGGGUGCAGAUACACCGAAGGAUCGUGCAGCAGCAUGCAAAUCAGUACAAGAGGGUUUCUUGGGCAAAGAUUCUGCAGUGUCUUACCGUCCAAGGAGGAAAUUCAUCAGGUAGUGACAGUAGUUCACUUUCAAGAGCAAUGGUGAAAGAUCGGUUCAAGACCUUCAACGUCCAAUUUGAGGAGCUUCAUCAAAGGCAAUCUCAGUGGACGGUUCCCGAUAGCGAGUUGCGAGAGUCUUUGAGGCUGGCUGUUGCUGAAGUCCUCUUGCCUGCUUACAGAUCAUUCGUCAAGCGUUUCGGGCAUGCCUAUGAUCGAGAAUGGGAAGAACCCACAGAAGUAUAUAAGGUUUCGUCCUGA